AUGGCCCACCACUCGACUACCUAUAAUUCUGCUUCUGCUAAUGCAACAUCAGCAGGUUCAGGUGGAACAAGUGCUGGCGGGACAACAACUACCAGUAGUGACCAGAACUUUGAUUAUAUGUUUAAGCUGCUUAUUAUAGGUAAUUCUUCGGUGGGCAAAACUUCAUUUCUUUUCCGCUACUGCGACGACUCAUUUACUUCUGCGUUUGUUUCAACAGUUGGAAUUGAUUUCAAAGUGAAAACCGUCUUUCGUGGUGAUAAACGUGUCAAGCUUCAAAUUUGGGACACUGCUGGUCAAGAACGCUACCGGACGAUUACAACAGCUUAUUACCGUGGUGCAAUGGGUUUCAUACUUAUAUCUUUCAAUUCAGUCCAAGAUUGGUGCACACAAAUAAAGACUUACAGCUGGGAAAAUGCGCAAGUUGUGCUUGUUGGCAAUAAAUGCGAUAUGGACGAUGAACGUGUUGUGUCCAUUGAAAGAGGUCGACAGCUAGCUGACCAACUUGGUCUUGAAUUUUUCGAAGCUUCGGCUAAGGAAAAUAUUAAUGUAAAGCCUGUGUUUGAGAAAUUAGUUGAGAUAAUUUGCAAUAAAAUGGCUGAGAGCCUUGAUCAAAAUCAACAACAAAAUCAACAGGCUCAAGGCAAUUUGCGGUUAAAUUCGACAAGUGGAGCACAGAAACCAGCUUCUCAACAAUGCAAUUGCUGA